GAACGCCUGUCACCUUUAACACAACCACUGCACAAUUUUGCCCUAAAAAUCGUUAGAUUUUACGAAAACGUUGCUCUUGAUUUUUUUCCUUCAUUUUUUGCUCUUGAUUUUCGAUAAUUAUCGAGGUACUAGAACCUACUGAUAACAUUAUUUCGGAAAUGUCGAAGCGAAAGGGAAAAGAAGCGUCAGUAGUCGAGGACAACCAAGAUGGCUCGGAGUCAGACGAGAGAGCAAGUUUGCCCGUCGAUGAGAAACCAAAGCGUUCAACGCUGCCAUGGAGAAACACAACUGGAGCAUUGUACGCAAACUAUUAUAUCACUCCUGCUGUGUUAAUACUUGUUAGUGUAGUAUACGUGUAUUUCAACGCCGAUGCUCCAAUCAUCAAGGCAAGAAGCUCAAAGCGCACGGAGGGAGUUCUCCUAUCGACUGAAGACCUCGCUAAACACGAUGGCUCGCAACCCGACGCCAAUAUCUAUAUUGCUAUACUAGGCAAGGUGUAUGAUGUGGAAAAAGGGCGGCGUUUUUAUGGACCAGGCACUGGCUACCAUGUGUUUGCUGGCCGUGACUCAACACCAUCAUUUGUGACUGGUAUGUUUGACCGUGCUAAGGCAACUGACGAUUGUUCCAACCUGAAAAACGAGGACUUACUUGGUAUAAAGGGAUGGAUGGAGUUUUAUCAGAAGGACUAUAAGUAUGUUGGAAAAGUGGUUGGUAGGUACUAUGAUGCACAAGGUAAGCCAACUGCUGCACUGAAGGAAGCUCGGCACAAGAUGAAGGAGGGUGAACGAGAAAGGGAGAGACAGAAGCAAGAGGAUGUAAAGUUUCCUGGUUGUAACUCUAAGUGGAGUCAGGCUGAGGGUGCUGAAGUGUGGUGCUCCCAAAACAGUGCUGGUAUCCAGCGUGAAUGGGCUGGUGUACCCAGAAUGCUGUUCAAGCCAGGUGCUAAGCAGCCUCGUUGCGUGUGUGUUCGUACUACUGGACCAUCAAGUGAUGCGCAAGAGGGUAGUGAGGGUGAUCUUAACCACCCCAACCUUAAACCAUACCUGGGAUGCGGCAUCCUUGACCAUGCUUGUAAGCUUGAACAAUCAUAAAAUAGGUACAGAAUCUGUAUCUAUUUUAGAUAUUUUAGAGUUAUCACAAGAUUUAUAUAGACCUCAGGUUCCACCAUUUUGUUACUGAGUCAUUCAAAUGCCUUUUAGAUUCCACAUGGUGUUCAAACUUUUUUGUAAAAUGUUGUUGGUUGUAUACAUAUGAUUAAAUAAAAGUUAAACGAAUCAUAAAAUAGGUACAGAAUCUGUAUCUAUUUUAGAUGUUUGUUAUAGCCAUUUUAAUAUAGUAAUCACAAGAUUUAUAUGUAGACCACAGGUUUUACCAUUUUGUAACUGGGUCAUUCUUAAAAAUGCCUUUUAGUUUUUUAGAUUCCACAUGGUGCUCAAACUUUUUUGUAAAAUGUUGUUGUAAAAUGUUAUACAUAAGAUAAAAUGAAAGUUAUGUUUUGA